AUGCUACCGUCAGGAAUUCAUUCACAAUCCACCAAGGCUUCUGUAGACAAUGGACCAUAUAUUAAAGAUGUUCCAAAUUAUGCAGAUGUAUUAAUUGAUUCUUCUGUUAACUUGAUACUAUCUCGUUUACGCCGGACACAGUGUAAUUUUGAUAAACUUGUUGCAGCUAAUCAAUCGGAACUGCAGUCAUUUACUUUUACUCAAAACAGUCAAAAUGGAAAAAGAAUGAUGAUGCGUAUUCGUGUUCUUGAACAUGAAAAUGAAGAACUAGCAAAUGUCAAUCGUACUGGUCGAACUGCUCGGUUAGAAUCGGAAAUUUCUUUACGACGUGCAUUCGUAAAUGACUUGAAAAAUGCUCAUUCAGAUAUGGAGUAUUUAGUGGAGGAGGCUGAGACUGAAACUGAAAUGCUUGGUAGUUCUUUAAUGAUGCUGCAACAAAGACUACAACUAACUCAAAGCACUGCAGAACUCUUGGCUUCCGAACUACAAAAACUAGAACCAGUGAUUUGUGCUGGGAUGAUGAAUUCCGAUGGCGAUACUGAUGCUAAGGACGUGUUGUUACAUGAGGAAACAAAAUUAGAAGACGUUACUUGUGUGUCUCCUGGACGACUGCAAAAUUCUCUAAACGAUAGUCUAUACGAUGAGGAGCUUAUUUUGGAUCCAGGUAUUGAAAUUAGCCGACAGUCUUCGGAAUCUCCCAAAUCCUAUACUGAUAUACCAGUCGAUAGCGACGUCAAUUCUCGGGUGACAGAAACUAAAUAUGAUAAAAAGUCAUGUAUUUAUGCCCGAGUUCUCCCCAAACCUGAAAAUAAUAUUUCUGAUGACGAAAAUUUCGGUAAAUCGAAACGUAGACGUGUCUCAGGUAGUUGUGGAGAUUCAUCAAAUGAAAAAUGCACAAGUCAUUUAGACUCUUUAUCAUUUUUACCUGCUCCAUUGUCUAGGAAUACAGUAUCUACUUCCGCCAGUGAUCGAACUAAAUCGCGUCCUGUAAUCCCUGUACGCGGUCCACAACGGACGUUUCAUUCAAACCGUGAGCAUACUGCUCAAGUUACUCAAAUAAAAUCCAUUUCAUCAACAACAGCAUCACCAUUAGAUGAAUCUAUUUCUAGUAAACUUUUAAAACUUUCUAAAUUUAAUAGUCAGUUAACUGUUGAUUCCUCCAUAAAAUCCCCAUGUAUAAAGUCUUUCACAUCUAAUCAUCCUAAUGUUAUUGAUGGCUCGUCUUCAUGA